GCUCCAAUUCAACCCCUGGGAACUUCCAUAUGUUUCACCUGCAGCUCCCCCCCCACACACCAAAAAAAGGGAUCACUCACCCCUCACUUCACAGGUCUGGCCCAAAUUGGCAUCUGAGGUGUGUACACACACAGGACAUUCAAGCCCUGAAUGUCCAAUGUCCUAGUUCCCACCACACAGUGACAGUGACCCUGCACCCCCUCAAGGGCGGCCCUACAUGGAACUUACUGGGUGGGUCUAUUUCUUUUCUUUCUUUUUUUGGUCUUUUUUGCCAUUUCUUGGGCCGCUCCUGCAGCAUAUGGGAGGUUUCCAGGCUAGGGGUCUAAACGGGGCUGUAGCCACCAGCCCACGCCAGAACCACAGCAACGUGGGAUCCAAGCCGUGUCUGUGACCUACACCACAGUUCACGGCAACGCCGGAUCGUUAACCCAUUGAGCAAGGGCAGGGAUCGAACCCGCAACCUCAUGGUUCCUAGUCAGUCGGAUUCGUUAACCACUGCGCCACGACGGGAACUACCGGGUCUAUUUCAAAGACAGAUUGCUUCUUAUACACAAACAGCUUAAUGUGCAAGAACUCAUAACCAAUCCUGGAGAAAAAAAAAUUGAGAAAAUCACAUUUUCUAACCAGUUGACAAUUUUCUUUGGUGGUUAGUUUUAAUUAGCAAUCUUAAUUCUGUAUAUAUUUUGUUAUCAUCUCACUCUCUUAAGCCUACUGUAUUUUUUUACUAUAUCAACCAAGGCAAUGAUUACCACUGAUUAUUCAGUAUGUUCUCUAUUCUUUUUUUUUUUUUGUCUUUUUGCCAUUUCUUGAGCUGCUCCCACAGCAUAUGGAGGUUCCCUAGCCAUUUCUUGAGCUGCUCCCACAGCAUAUGGAGGUUCCCAGGCUAGGGGUCUAAUUGGAGCUGUGCCAGAGCUGACCUAUGCCAGAGCCACAGCAACGCGGGAUCCAAGCUGCAUCUGUAAUCUACACCACAGCUCACGGCAACGCCGGAUCAUUAACCCACUGAGCAAGGCCAGGGACCGAACCCGCAACCUCAUGGUUCCUAGUCGGAUUCGUUAACCACUGAGCCACGACGGGAACUCCAUGUUCUCUAUUCUCAUGGUAAAAAUUCAGAGUGGUAAUUUUGCACAAAGGUAGUUUUAUACACAGUCAAUGUAGAGAGUUAUAAUAUUAUGGCACUAGGUAAUUUCCUUGGUAACACGUUUCCACUACCACUUACACUGCAAUUCUGCCUCUAAAUCAAUCAACCUAGUCUGGACUCCAUCACAGAAAAAAUAUACUAACUUGUGAAUCAUCUAAUUUGGAAAAAAAAUUUUUUUUGAAAGAAAACAUUUUAAAAUCUGUUGAAUCCAGGGGUUCUCAUUGUGGCUCAGUGGAAACAAACCUGACUAGUAUUCAUGAGGGCACAAGUUCUAUCCCUGGCCUUGCUCAGAGGUUAAGGAUCCGGCAUUGCGGUAAGCUGUGGUGUAGGCCAGUGGCUACAGUUCCCAUUUGACCCUUAGCCUGGGAACCUUCAUGUGUUGCCAACGUGGCCUAAAAAAAAACAAAAAACCUUUCGAAUCUAAAUUAUUGUGACAAAUGAAACACAGGUGACACAGUAGCAAACUAUAACUUCGUGUAGUUGAGGGUCUUUCCCUCAUCCUUCAGAUCACGGAACAGGAAUGGGAUGCUGGCUCAGGCUCUGCUGCCCUAUUUCCUUUAGAAACAUCCUAAAUAAUGACAUCAGGUUGCUAUGCAUUUUCCCAUGACAGUUUUUUUUUUGGGGGGGGGGUUUGUUUUUUGACAAUUACAAAAAGAGAAUAAGAGCCUCACCUUAAAAUGACUUACUUUGUACCAGGGCAAGGCCAAAUGCUUAAAAUAUAUGACCCUGUGACCUUUUCCUAACAGUCUGAUGGGGAAGGUGCUACCACUGGUACCAAAUAGCUAAGCCACGGGCUGAGGAGAUCAGCCUGCCUGGGGGGCACGUGUGCCAGGACGAGUGAUGGGGGUCUUCACUCAGCUCACGCCCUCAACCCCAGCAGCCAUCGGCCUCCAGGACUGUGCACUUCUCUUGUGAGGGAAAGACAUUUUCCUUCUUUUUUUUUCUCAAAGAAAAACACUAACAAGGCUUUUGGAGGGCUUUCCUGAAGCUUUGUGCUAUUUUCUCAUUGAGCAUAUGGCUUUCAGAGGUGGAUGUGUAAUACCCGUGGCACAUUUUAUAAAGCUUUUCCAGAUUAAGUUCUAAACACCCUCCAAGUAGCACUUAGAAGCAAUUCCUGACCGGCCAGGUCCUUGCUGUGUCCUGCAGGGGUGCGGGAUUUGGGUCUGCGUGGUGGUGUUGUCACAACUGGACAGUAGCUAAGGGGAGACACUGGCACCUCCAACGGGGAUGUGAGUGAGUGGGUACCAACAGCCUCAGCUUUUCCUCCAGAAAACAGUCUUGGACACAUGUGAUCAGGACCCACGUUCUGUCCAUGGUCAAAAGACAUCCAGUCCUUUUUGUCUCAACUUAGACUAAGAUUUUCACAAUAUAAAAUUUUCAGAAACUGCCUUUGGCAUAGUAAGUACAAGUAAUUUAUCAGAUAAAAGAAUGUCAAUGACAACUACAGUAUAAUUUGUAUGGUGACAAAUUGUACCGUCCUUCCUAGGAAGAAAGGGACACCGCUGUGCUCGGAGUGGCUGGGGGCAGGGUCAUGAAGAAGCACUUGUGUUUGAUGUGUGGCUCCCAGAAACACCACCCGUCCUUUCAGAGGUGGAUGCAAAUUACACCUAAUAAAGUUAUUAGACAUAAUUGCUGCUUCUUGUCUGCUGCACACUUGGCAAGUGAGGGGAGGUGGAACAGCCUGGAGGGAGCCAUGCUGUGUAUCCCAGAACGCAGACAUUUGAUGUGGCACUCCUGGUCAUCACCCAGGUCUGAUGUGGUCUCAGUUAUGCAACUCAAUUUAUAAUAGCCCCCCAAAGAAUAAAAUACUUGGGAUAAAUUUAAGCAAGGAGGUGAAAGAUCUGUAUGCUGAAAACCAUAAGACAUUGAUGAAAGAAAUGGAAAAAACAAAUAAAUGGAAAGACAUCUCACGUUCAUGGAUUAAAGGAAUUAAUAUUGUUAAGAUAUCCAUACCACGUACAGCCAUCUAUAGAUUCAAUGCAGUUUCUAUCAAAAUUCCAAUGGCAUUCUUCACAGAAAUAGAAAAAACAAUCCUAAAAUUCAUAUGGAACCACAAACAACCCUGAAUAGCCAAAGUAAUCUUGAAAAAGAAUAAAUCUGAAGGCAUGACACUUCCUGAUUUCACACAAUGCUACAGAGUUAAUCAAAACAGUAUGACAUUGGCAUAAAAACAGACACAGGGAGUUUCCAUUGUAGCACAAUAAGAUCAGUGGUGUCUAGAACACUGGGACAUAGGUUCCAGCCUUGGCCCAGCACUGUGGAUUAAGGAUGCGGAGUUGCCACAGCUGUGGUGUAGGUCACAACUGUGGCUCAGAUCUGAUCCCUGCCCCAGGAAGACCAUAUGCUGCAGGGUGGCCAAAAAAGAACCCCCCCACCAAAAAAAUACCCCAGACAUCUGGAUCAAUGGAACAGAAUAGAGAGCCAGAAAUAAACCUACAUAUGGUCAACUAAUCACUGACAAGAAUGUUGAGAACACAUGAUGGGGAAAUGAUGGUUUCUUCAAUAAAUGGCACUGGGGAAUUCCGUCAUGGCUCAGUGGAAACAAAUCUGACUAGUAUCCAUGAGCAUGCAGGUUCAAUCCCUGGCCUCACUCAGUAGGCAAAGGAUCCAGUGUUGCCGUGAGCUACUGUGUAGGUCACAGAUGAGACUCAGAUCCUGUGUUGCUGUGGCUGUGGCAAAGGCCGGUGGAUAUAGCUCAGAUUCGACCCCUAGCCUGGGAACUCCAGUAUGCUGUAGUAUGGCCCUCAAAAGACAAAAAAAACAGGGGUGGGAAAAAUAUGUGCAAAACAUUUAUCUGGCACAGGGUUAACAUCCAAAAUAUAUAAGAAAUUUAUACAACUCAGUAACAAUAAUGACAACAAUACAACAAUUACAACACAUUUUGAAAAUGGGCAAAGGACUUCAGUAGACAUUCUUCCUAUGACAUGCAAAUGACCUACAGGUAUAUGAAAAGAUGCUAAAUUUCACUGAUCUUCAGGGAAAUGCAAAUCAAAACUAUAAUGAGAUAUCACCUCAUACCUGCUAAGGAAGCUAUUUAUUCUCAAAAAGACAAGUUGGGGAGGGUGUGUGAAAGGGAGCUCUUGUUCCAAGAGUAUUUCAGGACAUAAGUAUUUAGAGGCAAUUUAACACAGGAAUGUUAGGGUAAGAUUGCUGGGUUAUAUACAAAACUGCCUAAUAACCUACAGGACAAUAAACUAUAAUCUUUGGGGUUGUCAGUUGUUGAUGUGGUUACCUAGCUGGUGUAACAAUGUCAGUUGUCAAGUGUGAUUAACUAGCUGGCAUAACAAUAUCAGUUGUCGACAGUGGUUAUCUAGCUGGUGUACAAUAUCAGUUGUUGAGAGUGGUUAUCUAGCUGGUUGGUGUUAACCAUGUUAGUUGUUGAAGUAGUUGAGCACCUGGUAUAACAAUAUCCAUUGUCAAGUGUGAUUAACUAGCUGGUGUAACAGCAUUGGUUGCUGAGAGUGGUUAUCUAGCUGGUUGGUGUUGACAGUGCUGUUGUAAGAGCUGAGGGAGGGAAAGAUGAGAAAGUUCAUUUAGGAAUUAGGAGGUCACUUACCUUCGAAACCUGGGUUCAUGGAGUGGUUGUGGUUGGCAUCUAAGUCACAUAAAAAGCACUUAAGUAGCAAACUGGCAACCAGAAAGUGGGAGUGACUACUUAAGAAUAUUAAUUUUUUAAAUGUGUAAGUUUUUAAAAAUAAUACAUGGAAAUAUUUAGUCAAGAUGAGUCUAGAAUCUAGAAUUUCAUGUUGAACACACUGUUUCAAACACACAGCCAUAAUGGAUACGUAAAUUAUGAAAACAAAAUGAAGACACAGCAAACAACAGUUACUGGACCAAAAAUAGAGUGGUGUGAGGGCUCCGCCUGCUGGCUUCUGGGUCUGGGAAUAGGUGAUGGGGGUGUGGACCAAGGGCUUGGGUGAGGCUGUCCUAUUCAGGGUAGGAAGCUAAACAAACCCAGUGACAACCUACCAACCAACCAACCAAAUCCUGUUACUGACUGCUGCCUGAAGUUUUCUUGCAGGCUGGAAGCCUAGAUGUAGGAUGACAAAGACCCAAACUGAAGACCAAGAAUUAAUCCAGCUGCCUCCAGAUUCCAGGCCUGGCACACUACCCCAUACUACAGCCUUGAGAUGCCAUGUGGGCUUGGGUUCUUGGCAGAGGAUGGAAGCAGCAGCAACAACGCUAAACAGGGAGUGAGGACAGAAAGAGUCACUUAAAAUGUGCCUGCAAACGAAUUCCAAGACAUGUGAAGAAAUCUAAUGCUAAGAAAGACAGUUAACACAGCAACGAGUAAAAUAUUUUUCACUCCAGAUAAUCAAAGGUAUGAAACAAAACAGGUAGGCAGAAAUGAAAUAAAAAUAAAUGGAUAAAAGAAAGAAUGGAUGAGAAAUCUUUGAAAUAAGUAGUGUGGUCACUGAAAUAAACAACCCAAACUGUCAAAGACAAAAGUAAGUCUGAGACAAAAUUAAUGAAGACUGUUACAACUUUGUAGCCAGGGAUCCAUCUGCUGCCACUCCUUUCAGCAAGUGAUCAAGGGUGUUAGAAAGGACAGCAUUUCUGAGAGUAAAAGGAGGAGACACUGAGUGUCCAUCAAGAUGGUUUUGGGGGUGGGGGAGAUGUCCUGCAGGGUCUUCAGGUAAUUUUGACGGCCCUCCUUUGGCUGAUUGGGCAAGUGAGCAGUAUGGGGCCAUUUCAAAAGAGGAGUGCUGUCGGGUAUUCUGUGUUCUGCAGAACUGGGGGCUGCUGGGGCACUUCUGGAGCCAGCAUCCUCCUGAGAAGUGACUGGACCGCGGGGGGUGGGGAGGGCAGCAGCCUCUCAAGACUGACCACACCUCCUUGCCGGUUCCCAGGCAGCUGUUACCAAAAUGCCCACCUCCUGGGAGUGGGCAGAGCGAAGACUUCACUGCUGCACCCUGAGCAUUUUGGAUCUUGGAAAAUAAAACCUAUUCACUUAAUACAUGGUUUGGAAGUAUGACCACGUAUUUGGCCAGGAGGAAAACCUCAAAUUUAAAAAGCUGAGGUUCAGACCAGAUUCCUAAACUAUAAAUUAAUAACAAACGUAAAUAUAACCUAAUAACUUAAUUGCAAAAUUCAGGACUCUGAGGACGUAAACUGUUAGACCAUUCAUUGCAAGCAAUUUAUGGGAAUAAUGAAAUCUUAGGAAAUAAUACAUACAGGGAAUUUUUUUUCAAGUAUUCCUAUACUUGAUUCUCCAGGGUAAGGUUAGAGGCUUCAGGGAAAGCGGGGGCCACCAGUAGAAAGGCACUCGUGCGGCGCUAAGAGAGGCUGCGCAGCUACAGAACACGCACCACCAGAGUACCGCGGUCGGGGCUUUCUCAGGCAGUUCCUGGCUGGGAGCCGCAGGGAAGACGGGGGAGGGAGGCUAGCUUCAGCCUAUCGAGCGAAGAGAUCGGAAUUCCAGAGUUUCCUCAAACACAACCUUCCCACCGACACGUGCUGGACACUCCAGACCUUCACGCUACUAUGGAAACAGGAACUAGUCACCAGUCUUUAUUUACCCGAGGGGGACCUGCAGGGACCGGGUGCGCACGGGCGCCACUGGACCAAGCAGGGAGGUGGGGUCGGGUCGGCCCGGCAGGACGCCGAGAUUACGCACUGCGCUGAGGUGGGCCAUGCUCCCGUGAGCUGGGGUCCCGGGCGUGCGCGGCAAGGCGCUCGGUGGCCUCGAUCCGGUGUCAGGGAGGAACUCCGGCCAGGGACGAACCCAACCUGCGCGACCUCCCAAGCUCCAGAGUUGCUCAGCAGCCCCACCCAGCUCCGCUUUGGAAUGGUCAGCCCGCCGCGCAUGCGCGCACGCGCCCUGCACAGCGCGCUCGCCGCGCGGUGAUGUCAUCGGUCGCCGCCACGCAGAGGUGGGGCCUCGGAACCUUUGCCACACUUCUCUCACCUUCGCCGGCGUUGUCGUCAUCGGGCCCGGACGCGUGGUGACGCCAUCAAGCCCCGACGCAUGGUGGAGGGGCAGGGCGCGCGGGCUGUGCCUCAGCCGGGUUGAAGCUGAGGGGAGAGGGAGGGGAAAGGCUGCGAACCGAGGGGGAUCUGGGAGGGGCGGAAAGGUGGCGGCCAGAAUAUGGCGGACCAGAUCCCUCUGUACCCGGUGCGCAGCGCAGCGGCGGCGGCGGCCUACCGCAAACGCGCGGCCUACUUCAGCGCAGCGGGGCCCGGGCCGGGGGCCGAGCGGCCCAGCAGGUACCAGCUGGAAGAUGAAUCUGCCCAUCUGGAUGAAAUGCCAUUAAUGAUGUCAGAAGAAGGCUUUGAGAAUGAUGAAAGUGAUUACCACACGUUACCACGAGCUAGGACCAUGCAAAGAAAGAGGGGGCUUCAGUGGUUUGUCUGUGGAGGCUGGAAGUUCCUCUGUACCAGUUGCUGUGAUUGGCUGAUAAAUAUUUGUCAAAGGAAGAGAGAACUGAAAGCUCGCACGGUGUGGCUUGGAUAUCCGGAAAAGUGUGAAGAAAAACAUCCCAGAAAUUCUAUAAAAAACCAAAAAUACAAUGUAUUUACCUUUAUACCUGGGGUUUUAUAUGAACAAUUCAAGUUUUUCUUGAAUCUCUAUUUUCUGGUAGUAUCCUGCUCACAGUUUGUACCAGCAUUGAAAAUAGGCUAUCUCUACACCUACUGGGCUCCUCUGGGAUUUGUCUUGGCUGUUACUAUCAUGAGGGAAGCAGUUGAUGAAUUUCGGCGUUUUCAGCGGGACAAGGAAGUGAACUCUCAGCUAUACAGCAAGCUUACAAUAAGAGGUAAAGUGCAAGUUAAGAGUUCAGACAUACAAGUUGGAGACCUCAUCAUAGUGGAAAAGAAUCAAAGAAUCCCAUCGGACAUGGUAUUUCUUAGGACAUCAGAAAAAGCAGGUUCAUGUUUUAUUCGAACUGAUCAACUAGAUGGUGAAACCGACUGGAAGCUCAAAGUGGCGGUGAGCUGCACGCAGAGGCUGCCAGCCCUGGGGGACCUUUUUUCGAUCAGUGCUUAUGUUUAUGCUCAGAAGCCACAACUGGAUAUUCAUAGUUUUGAAGGCACAUUUACCAGGGAAGACAGUGAUCCACCCAUUCAUGAAAGUCUCAGCAUAGAAAAUACAUUGUGGGCAAGCACUGUUGUUGCCUCAGGUACUGUGAUCGGUGUUGUCAUUUAUACCGGAAAAGAAACUCGAAGUGUAAUGAACACAUCCAAUCCCAAAAAUAAGGUUGGUUUGUUGGACCUUGAGCUCAAUCAACUGACCAAAGCGCUGUUUCUGGCUUUAGUUGCUCUCUCAGUUGUCAUGGUAACCUUACAAGGUUUCGUAGGCCCGUGGUACCGCAAUCUUUUCCGGUUUCUCCUUCUCUUUUCCUACAUCAUUCCUAUAAGUUUGCGUGUCAACCUGGACAUGGGCAAGGCAGCAUAUGGCUGGAUGAUUAUGAAAGAUGAAAAUAUUCCUGGCACAGUGGUCCGGACCAGCACCAUCCCAGAGGAGCUGGGGCGCCUGGUGUACUUGCUGACGGACAAGACAGGAACCCUCACCCAGAACGAGAUGGUAUUCAAGCGGCUGCAUCUGGGCACCGUGUCUUAUGGAACAGACACGAUGGAUGAGAUACAGAACCAUGUCAGGAAUUCUUACUCACAGACUCCUUCUCAAGCCGGUGGAAACAGCACCAGUUCAACGCCUCCAAGAAAAUCUCAAUCUUCAGCUCCCAAGGUUAGAAAAAGCGUGAGCAGCCGAGUCCAUGAGGCAGUGAAGGCCAUCGCCCUGUGCCACAACGUCACCCCUGUGUACGAAGCCCGCGGAGCAGCCACAGAGACCGAGUUUGCCGAGGCAGACCAGGACUUCAGCGAUGACAACCGCACAUACCAGGCCUCCAGCCCCGACGAGGUGGCCCUGGUGCAGUGGACCGAGAGUGGCCUCACCCUGGUCAACAGAGACCUCACAUCCAUGCAGCUGAGGACGCCCAGCGGCCAGAUCCUGACCUACUGCAUCCUUCAGACCUUCCCCUUCACCUCUGAGAGCAAGAGGAUGGGGGUCAUUGUCAGGGACGAGUCCACGGCAGAGAUCACGUUCUACAUGAAAGGUGCCGACGUCGCCAUGUCCACCAUCGUCCAAUACAAUGACUGGCUGGAGGAGGAGUGUGGAAACAUGGCCCGAGAAGGCCUGCGUACCCUUGUGGUGGCCAAGCGGGCGCUGACGGAGGAGCAGUACCAGGACUUCGAGAGCCGAUACAGCCAGGCCAAGCUGAGUCUCCACGACAGGGCGCUCAAGGUGGCCGCGGUGGUGGAGAGCCUGGAGCGCGAGAUGGAGCUGCUGUGCCUGACGGGCGUGGAGGACCAGCUGCAGGCGGAUGUGAGGCCCACCCUGGAGAUGCUGCGAAACGCCGGCAUCAAGAUAUGGAUGCUGACAGGUGACAAACUAGAGACGGCCACUUGCAUUGCCAAGAGCUCACACCUGGUGUCUCGGACGCAGGACACUCACGUUUUCAGACCAGUGACCAGCCGGGGGGAGGCCCACUUGGAGCUGAAUGCCUUUCGAAGGAAGCAUGACUGUGCACUGGUCAUCUCCGGGGAUUCCUUGGAGGUCUGCCUGAAGUACUACGAGCACGAGUUCGUGGAGCUGGCCUGCCAGUGCCCGGCCGUGGUCUGCUGCCGCUGCUCGCCCACCCAGAAGGCCCACAUCGUCAAGCUGCUGCAGCAGCACACCGGCAAGCGCACCUGCGCCAUCGGUGACGGUGGAAACGACGUGAGCAUGAUCCAGGCGGCCGACUGUGGGAUUGGGAUUGAAGGGAAGGAGGGGCGGCAGGCUUCCUUGGCAGCCGACUUCUCCAUCACGCAGUUCAAGCACAUCGGCCGGCUGCUGAUGGUGCACGGGCGCAGCAGCUACAAGCGGUCAGCAGCGCUCGGCCAGUUCGUCAUGCACCGCGGCCUCAUCAUCUCCACAAUGCAGGCCGUGUUUUCGUCUGUCUUCUACUUCGCAUCCGUUCCUCUGUACCAGGGAUUCCUAAUGGUGGGGUACGCGACGGUCUACACCAUGUUCCCCGUGUUCUCUCUGGUGCUGGACCGAGACGUGAAGCCGGAGAUGGCGAUGCUGUACCCCGAGCUCUACAAGGACCUCACCAAGGGGAGAUCCUUGUCCUUCAAGACCUUCCUUGUCUGGGUUUUGAUCAGCGUUUACCAAGGCGGCAUUCUCAUGUAUGGGGCCCUGGUGCUUUUCGAGUCCGAGUUUGUCCACGUGGUGGCCAUCUCCUUCACAGCCCUCAUCCUCACGGAGCUGCUGAUGGUGGCCCUGACCGUCAGGACGUGGCACUGGCUGAUGGUUGUGGCCCAGUUCCUCAGCCUGGGCUGCUAUGUAGCCUCACUUGCUUUUCUAAAUGAAUAUUUCGAUGUUGCCUUCAUCACGACCGUGACCUUCGUGUGGAAAGUGUCAGCCAUCACCGUGGUCAGCUGCCUGCCCCUCUACGUCCUGAAGUACUUGAGGCGGAAGCUGUCCCCUCCCAGCUACUCCAAGCUCACCUCCUAGGGCUGCACACCUGCCACAGACAGGCCAGGCCCCGGGACCACUGGAUGUGGCCGUGCAGCGGCCACUGAGGGACGCGAGGAAGGCCCAGGAGGGAGCCCCAGACUGGGCGCCGGGGACCGGCCGCGCCUUAUCCAUGCAGGGGCCAGAUGUCCUUCCUUUCUUUUUUUAUUGUUUUUCAGAAUUUAAUUUCUACAUCGCAGCAGCUUGAGUUUCUAUUGAGAAUGAGCCCUCGUCGUCUCACUGCUGCUGUAAAGCGUUCAUCUUACUCUGGCACACUCAGCACUCGGAGAAAUGAAAGUUUACUUAAUACGCUGCUGUUUCCUAACAUUCAAAUUCUUUCUUUGAUGUCAUGAUAGAGAAAGUCAUUCCUUCUUAACUCAAAUAAAGUCUAGAUGCUGUCACA